AUGAUGAUGACGUGCCGUCUGCUGUGCGCCCUGUUGGUGCUCGCCCUGUGCUGCCGCCCCUCCGUGUGCGCGACAGAUACUGAACUGGAUCCGAAGAGUGGCGCUGGUGGAAAGGCCAUCAAGCCAACGUCCCCUGCACCAGAGCCACCAACCGUUACGUCUGAGGUUGUGGCGCGGUCAAAAAAUAAUUCCGAUAAAACAGAGGGACAAAAUCAGGUAGCUGGUGGAGGAGGAAGUGAAAAGUCCCUUCCAACCCCUCCUGCGCCAACGGGAGAAAGUGCUGCGUCCGGUACGAAAGGUUUCACAGAUCCGGGAACCGGCAGGACACAGGAACCAGAUGCAGUGGCCGGAGCCGAAGUGUUACAAAUAAAGCCCGGAAAUGAAGAGUCACCGGAUUCGAGGAGCAUUACAGCGCCAAGUACGACAACAACGACGACUACAACCACUACUACAACACAGGCGCCAAGUACUACGACUACGGAGGCGCCAACCACGGCGACCACCCGCGCAGCGUCACGUCUUCGCGAAAUCGACGGCAGCCUCAGCAGCUCUGCGUGGGUGUGUGCCCCGCUGCUGCUUGCCGCAUUCGCGCUGGCGUACACCACUCUGGGCUAA